CAGUUUUUGACAUAUAGUCGAUAUUUUCAAUAGGUAUUUUUUAUUGUUCAUCUCACACACUAUCGUCGACUGGUUCGUGCUCGUAACAACGAGAAUCGCCUAAUCGCCCAGCAGUUGAAAAAUUUUCCUUGUACUUUCCGUAACAACAAAGGUAUGUUUUUGAAACAAGCACAGCAAAAACAAUCAUCAAAACGCAACUAAUACAAAUUGACGAACAAAAUCCGCUCCCAACCGAUUUCAGUUAAACAGUUACAAACAGCAGCAAAGCAAAGCAAAGCAAGCACUAAAUACAUAAAACGCACGCGACCCACCGCACCACACCGCGCAACCAACGAAUCACACCAGCUGUGGCGGCUGGCUGACGCAGGCUGAAAAAAAAAGGGUGGCGGCACCUUGCGGACAACCACAACAACAACAACAGCAAAUCAAUAACAUCUCAGCGGCAGCAGCAACAACAACAACAACAACAGCAGCAGCAGCAGCAGUACACAUAACGGCAUUCGCUGGAUAAAGCAUACAAUUUGAAUUGCAGAUCGUCAACCGCAGUCGCAGUCGCAGCCGCAGUCGCCGCCGUCGCCACAGCAGCAGCAGCAGCAGCGUGUGAGACUUGACUGGCAGCCGUUAGAGACGGGCAAUAAACGACAUGUCUGCGGCACGUUUACCAUAUUAUCAACAGCAGACGGCGGAGCAGCAACAGCAACAGCGCCGGCGCAGCGGCAGCCGUGGUCGCGGCGGCCAGCGCUGCGUUGGCUAUCAGGAGCGCAACAGCAGCCGACGCGAACGCAGCCGUUCCGCUGAACGACGUCGCUAUAGUCGCAGUCGCUCCGCGGAGCGCCAGCGUCGACGUCGCGACAGUCGCGAUCACGGUGAGCGGCGUCACCAGCAUCGUCAUCAUAGGGAUUCGCGCGAUCGUUCAUGGGAGCGGGAGCGGGAGCGGGAGAAGGAGCGCGAACGCGAACGGGAUAGGGACAGGGAUCACUCCAGACGCAGCUAUUAUCAGCGAGAUAGUCGCAGUCGUUCCCCAACGCCGCCGUCCUCGGCACGUCGACAACAGCCACACGGCAGCGUCGGCAACACCAGCAGCAGCAGCAGCAGCAACAACAACAACAACAAUAACAAAGUCAACAGAGGAGCCAAUGUCAAUGUGGAGGAUGUGCGUGCGCAGGGAGCGUUGAAUGGCAACGGGUCGAACAAGGACAAUGCAAUGUCUGCCGUAGGUGCCUACUACAAUCUGGACACGGACGAGCCCUUCGACAAGGAGCGCAUACAUCGCGAAAUUGAGGAGAAGUUGCGCGAGACACUUGCGCGCGAAGGCAAGGUAUAUCCGCCGCCCAAGCCGGAGGCAUCGCAUCCAGUUUUCGCCAACGAUGGCUCCUUCAUGGAGCUCUUUAAGAAAAUGCAGCAGCAACAACAGCGACCGCAGCUACAUCAUCAUCGUCAUCAACAUCACCAGCAGCAGCCGCAGCAGCAGCCGCAGCAGCAGCAGCAGCCGCAGCAACAGCAGCAGCAGCAGCAUCAUCAUUUCCCGCAACCGCCGCUAGAUGCCGCAACAGCAGCCGCCACAGCGGCGGCGGCCGCAGCUGCAGCCGCGGCCAGCGCAGCGCUAAGAGAACAACAGCAGAUGCUGGAGAAUUGCGCAGCGGCAGCGGCAGCAGCAGCAGCAGCCAGUCCAUUUGGGCCAUUGCCAGCGAUCGCGGCCGGCGCGGCCAGCACACCGGCUGCGCCCUAUAUAGCCGCGGCAGCGGCUGGCAAAUCGGCGCCGCCGCCGCCGAUUGUCGGACGACGACGCGGUGGCAAAAUAUUGAAAACGGGCGUCGUCGCCAAACUGAAGACGCCCAGCGAACGGGAUGUCGAUCCCAAGGAUUUCUGGUCGCUCUACCUGGCCGAAGUGAAUAAAUAUAAGAGCAACGCCUGCGAUACGGACAAUGGCAAGCGGCCGCUCGUUAAAUAGGACAUCAGGAUACGAAUACACACGCACACCUACACCUUAUACACACACACACACACACAACAAACGGGAAAGAUGAACUUGAACGCAGCAGGCCGCAAAAAUGUUAACUAAAACCAAAACGCUUUACUCAGCGUUAGCUUUAGACUCUUGUCUCGCACACACACACACACACACACACACACAGACACAGCUAUACACAUACAUAUAUAUAUAGAUAUAUGCAUAUAUAUAUAUCCAUAUACAUGGCUAUGGAUUUUCUGUUAAGCUAAGCGAAAUGGCUCCGAGUUGAAAUCAUUUCUCAUUCUCCAAGAAAAAACACGAAAAAAAACAUUGUGAAUAAUUGAUAAAAGAGAGAGAGAGAGAGAGGGAAAGGGAGAGGGAGAGGGAGAGAGCUAUUGGGUCUCAAUUUCUUUUUAGAAUUCAACUAUUUUAUGCGCAUAAUCAACCAGUUUGUAGAGACAACAUAUAUAUAUAUCUAUAUUAUAUAUAAUUUCUGGCACAGUUUUGGGCGCGACAACACACACACACAACUGAAUAAAAAGAAUAAUAUGAAUUAAUAAUUGUAGCGUACGCGUUUAAGCUUUAGUUUGUACAGAUUUCUACAUUUAAAAAUGCCUAAUUAUAUUUACGAGCUAUAUGUAUUCACUUGACUAAAAACUAGCUAAAGCUCGAGAGAGACAGACAAAAAUCAAAAAAUCAAAAAAUCCAAA